AUGCAGGGCAGCGCUGCUACUAACAGUCCAUUGGGUGACGCUAGCUUAGUUAAAGCAUUACAGUCCGAGGUCAAGACCCUGAAAGACAGUUUAUCUAAACUUGAAAAAGCCGCAAGCUUUCAGUUCUUCAGAAAGUCCGGCAGCAAGUACUACGCCUCCAACAACAGAGAGGCCCCUUUCUCCGAGGGGAAGGAGAUGUGUGCUGCGGGCGGGGGCACGAUGGCACUGCCGCGAAGCGAAGCGGAGAACCAGGAUUUCACCCAGUUCUUCACCUCGCUCCCUCCCGUCUCCACCCAGUACGCGUACAUGGCGGCCACCGACGAGAAGACGGAGGGGCACUGGGUCGACCUGGAGGACAAGCCCCUCGGCUUCAUCAAGUGGGCCAGCAGCGAACCCCAAAACUAUGGGGGUGUGGAACACUGCGUCGUCAUAAGGAAAUCUGGACUCUGGGCUGAUGUGUCGUGCAGUCAUAAAUUCAUAGUAAUCUGUGAAAUAUGAACGUCCAUUGCGUGCAUGCAGUGCACUGUACAGCCAGGGUGAAUGUGUGUGAGUGCUGUCUGCUGACGCAUGCUGCAUACCUCAGUCAGUGAUGAUGAUGUUUGUAUCCUGCCUUUUAUACUUCAAAAUGGAAAGUGUUUGAACCAAUUAGUUUUUGCUCUACUGAUGAGCAAUGAUGUGUGUCUUUCAAUCUGAUAACUGUUUUCCAUAACUAAUCAGUCUAUAUGCUC